AUGAUGGCCUCCAAUAUUUUACAGUUAAUCUGUGUACUCGUUGUCGUUGUACCAGUUGCAUGUGACACGGAAAUUUCUUCAGAAACCUUCUCUGCUCUCCAGGAACAAGUACAGACACUACAGGCAGUCUUCCAGAAGCAGCAAGAACAGAUACACCAACAGGGGGAAACAAUCAUCCAUCUCGAACAACGUAUUCAGGUAGUUGAAGAGGAAAACCAGGUGCUGAAAGAACGCCUCGAAACGGGUAUUCAAGAAAGUAAAAAGGACAAUCUGGAGCAAAAAGGUCAAAGCAAAUUCCGAAAGACAAGUCUGCAGAAAAGAGUUUCAGGCUAUGGAUUAGCACCUCAUAGCAUUGGAUUCUCCGCUUCAUUGUCCACAACCACCGCCCUUGGUGAUAACCAAAUUGUACGGUUCGACAAAAUUAUUUCCAACGAUGGCAAUGGCUACGACUCCAGAUAUGGUCGUUUCACCGCUCCAAUUACUGGCCUUUACGCUUUCUCCGUAACCAUUAUGUGUUCUGGAAGCGAGUCAUAUCUACACAUCAACAUUGUAAAGGAUGGUCAGGUGAUAGGCGUGGGCUUCGCAAACGGCAAUCAUUUUGAUAACGGAAGCAAGCUUGUUGUUGCGCAGCUUCAGGCCGGACAGAUGGUUUGGGUGCAACACGCGGUUGACCCGUCUGGAUACAAGAUAAAUGGCGACGGAUACAGUUCCUUCUCCGGGUUCCUCGUACAGGCUUAUUAA